CAAUUCCACCAACAAUGUAUCAGUCAGACCUGCAUAUUUGGACGAUGACUUAGUCAACUGCAUAUAGGAUAAAUUGGAAAGAGAUUAAAAGUCAGGAUCAGUUUAGUCCAGGUUACAGGAAAUGACAACUUCUCCUAUUGUGGUAGCAUUGUGAGUAUAAAAGGGGGAGAUGAAUGAAGGAAUAUUUCAGAGGUAGAAUUAAUAGGAUUUGUCAACUGACUUAGGAAUGGACCAUGAGGGAAAGGAAAGACUCAAGAUGACUGUAAUUUUAAGCCUAGAUGUCUAGGAAUAUGGUGAUAUCCACAAUAAAAAGUUUUUUUUUUUAAGCUUUAAAUCUAAGAUUCUAAGUGGAGGAGUUAAGAGAAAGGGCUAGUUUGUGGAAUAAAAUAAAAAGUUUAGUUAUGAAAAUAGUGAAUGGUGGCAGGACAAUCCAGUUGGAGAUGUUGAGGUUAGCUUGAUGCUUAUGAAGUAAGAGGUGAAGUUAUAUAUUUGGAAGUCAAUUGAAAGAAAAUUUUGAAGUCAUUCAUGGAAGUAGAGGAGAUCAGUAAAGGAAAAAAUAAGAGGGCUGUGGAGAGACUUGUAUAAUAUUCAUGUUUAAGGAGUUAAUGAUGAAGAGAUGGGAAAGAAAAAGAAGUUAGAAAGAGAACUAGAAUAGCAUAAUAUAAUGGAAACCAAAUGAGAAAAGAGUUAAACUGUAUCAUAUCUUUGUGAGAGAAGGGUCUAAGAAGAUCUGAAAAAAAGGCUAUUGUCUUUGACAAUUAGGAGUUGAUAGACCUUUAAGAAAUCUAUUUCAAUGGAGGAUCUGGGACUGUAGCCAGUUUGCAAGGAUGAGGAAUAUGCAUGUAGGAACUGGGUGUUUGGACUCCAGGUUUAUUGACUCCCAUUGUAUUGAGACAUUUGUUGGUGGAGAAAAGGGAAAAAGAUGGUGGUUAGAAAGGGUAGUAGAGUUUAAGGAGGAUUCAUCUUUUUUUUUUUUUUUUUUAAAUAAAAAGGAUACUGGACAAUAUUUUUAGACAGUGAUUAAAGAAGAAUGAGACAGCAGGUAAUUGCUGGAUCAAGACCUUUGAGAAUCAGAAAGAGGUGAGACCAAGAGCAUAAGAGAAAAGUGACAGGAAAUUACAACUUCUCCUAUUGUGGUAGCAUUAUCAUGUGUAUGAGGCCCUAUUGAACACUGCUCUUGACAUUGACUUACUUGAGCCUGAGUCUCCCUUAGAUUGUAUUUGGAUUAAGGAAGUUUUAAAAAAAUCUGGAAUGAAGUGCAAAAGACCCCAGCUAAAACCAGAAGUAGUCAGAGAAAACAGAGAUGCUGUGAGAAGACCUGAGGCAGAUCCAGCUUUUUUAAUCCCAAGGUUCCCAGUUGUUACCAUCAUGGGUCAUGUUGAUCAUGGUAAAACAACAUUACUUGACAAACUGCGAAAAACUCAAGUAGCAGCAAUGGAAGCUGGAGGCAUAACUCAGCAUAUUGGUGCCUUUCUAGUUUCUUUACCAACUGGAGAAAAGAUAACUUUUCUUGAUACUCCUGGACAUGCUGCCUUUUCAGCAAUGAGGUCUAGGGGUGCUCAUCUCACUGAUAUUAUCAUAUUAGUUGUAGCAGCAGAAGAUGGAGUAAUGAAACAAACUGUGGAAUCUAUCCAACAUGCCCAAAAUGCUCAAGUUCCAAUUAUUCUUGCUAUAAACAAGUGUGAUAAACCAGAGGCUGAUCCUGAAAGAGUGAAGAAAGAGUUGUUAACUUAUGAUGUAGUUUGUGAAGAGUAUGGGGGUGAUGUUCAGGCAAUACAUAUCUCUGCACUUAAGGGUGACAAUCUGAUGGCUUUGGCAGAGGCAACAGUUGCUCUUGCAGAGAUAUUGGAGCUGAAAGGAGAUCCCACUGGUCUUGUGGAAGCAAUAGUGGUAGAAUCUCGAACUGAUAAAGGAAAAGGUCCAGUAACUACAGCUAUAAUUAAAAGAGGAACUUUGAGAAAAGGUGCAAUACUAGUUGCUGGGAAGAGUUGGGCAAAAGUCCGUUUGCUCUUGGACGAAAAUGGAAAAACCAUCAGUGAUGCUUGUCCUAGUAUGCCAGUGGAAAUUAUAGGUUGGAAGGACCUUCCUUCUGCAGGAGAUGAAGUUCUUGAAGUAGAAUCUGAGCAAAGAGCACGUGAAGUUGUUGAUUGGAGGAAGUAUGUGGAAGAACAAGAGAAAAUGAAAGAGGAUUUUAAAGCAAUUGAAACAAAACGAAAGGAACACCAAGAUUCACAUCGGAGAGCACGUGAGAAAUUAGGAUCUCUGAAUUGGAAAGAAAGAGGAUAUAUCAAGUAUCAAGAAAUUAAAAAACUACAAAACAUAAAACCUAAAGAGAAAACAGAAGAAGAUUUGAACACUCUUCCUAUAAUUAUUAAAGGUGAUGUAGAUGGUUCAGUUGAGGCUAUUUUGAACAUUAUCGAAACCUAUGAUGCUACAGAUGACUGUAAACUGGAAUUAGUACAUUUUGGUGUAGGUGAUAUUAAUGAAAAUGACAUUAACCUUGCUGAAACAUUUAAUGGUGUUGUAUAUGGCUUCAGUGUGAAUGCAAGCAAAGUUAUCCAACAGUUAGCUGUGAAAAAAGGAGUCAGAAUUAAACUCCAUAAUAUUAUCUACCGACUUGUUGAAGACUUGCAGGAAGAAUUGAGCAGCAAACUCCCUCCUUCUCUAGAAGAAAAUGUAAUAGGUGAAGCAUCUGUAUUGGCUACCUUCUCUGUGACAGUGGGAAAAAAACAAAUUCCAGUAGCAGGCUGUAGAGUCCAAAAGGGACAAUUAGAAAAAAAAAUGAAAUUUAAAUUAAUUCGUAAUGGAUGUGUUAUUUGGAAAGGAUUGUUAACUUCACUGAAACAUCACAAAGAUGAUGUUUCAGUCGUAAAAACUGGAAUGGAUUGUGGUCUAAGUUUGGAUGAAGCAAAAAUCGAGUUUAUGACUGGAGAUGAAAUUAUUUGCUUUGAAGAGAAAGAAGUUUUACAUAAGAUUUCUUGGGAUCCAGGAUUUUGAAUUGUUACAUUAAAAAUGUAACUGAACCUAAUAUUUUGCUUUAUUUAUUAGAGCAUCUUUAUGUAUACAUCUUUAAUGCUUUUGGGGGAAAAAGUGCUGGAAAUUACUAAGUAGUUUGUACCUAUAUUUGCCAUUUUAUAGUCAUUUUAACAUUUAUUGGAUACUUUUUCAAAACACCCCUUCUGUUGUCCCAAAAUUAUAGGCACUAAAGGGCACUGUGGAAAUCCUUUAGUGUAUAAGUUAAAUGUCUUUUUUUCCUAUUAUUUGUGUUCUUUUGGAUGCACUUUCUCUGCAGGCCAGGACCACAUAACUGGGUUUCUUUUUGAGAUCUUUAACUUUUUUUUAAUGGAAGGGAAAAAAGACAAGGUUAUCCUAAUUUUAAGAUGGGAUAGCCUUAGGACAUUAAAAAGUCUGUGGUGCAGUGGCCUCCAGUCAGGAAGACUCAUCUAAGUUCGUCUAGAUAAAACUGAGUUUUGUUACAGAUAGUCCCAGAGUAGUUAACUCUGGGGCAAAUCAAUCGACAAUGAAGGUAAAAUAAAAAUCACAUCUUUUGAUUUAUUUCAAUUGCCUCUCCACUAUUGUGACUGUACUUUUCAGAUACUUCAAAUGAUAGCCAAGUAUAAUUAAUGUGUUAAUUGUUCAUUCUUUGAAGGGUAUACUUAGAAAAUAAAAAAAUUCUUUUUAA